AUGGUCCUCCCCAGAGCGCAGUCCUCCCCGGAGCGGGUGAGGUCCCACCCCGAGCGGGUACGGUCCUCCCAGGAGCGGGUGCGAUCCUCCCCCCCUGCAGGCGCAGUCCUCCCCGAGCGGGUGAGGUCCUCCCCGGAGCGAUCCUCCCUGCCCGAGCAGGCGUGGUCCUCCCCCCCCCCCCAGCAGGCGCGGUCCUCCCCCCAGCAGGCGCUGUCCUCCCCCCCAGCAGGCGCGGUCCUCCCCUGA